AUGGAUCCCGGGGGAAAACCCAGCCGGGAGGAUGAGGAGAUGGAUGUCCGGAUGGAUCUCCGGAUGGAUCUCCGGGAUCUCCGGGUGGAUCUCCGGGAAAAAGCAGAGCCCCUAGCGCGAUGCGAGCCGGGCCGAGGCCGAGCGGGGCCGGGAGGGAGCGCGGAGCGAGAAGGGGAGACCCCUCAGAGAGAAGAUCCCUCCGGCCGCUCCUGCCCUGGUGUUUUUUGGGUCUUUUCAGGCAAAACGUCGGAGCUGGGGCUCCUGGGGCAGCCCAACGCCAUCCGCACCAACUUCAGAGAUGGAUGUCCGGAUGGAUCUCCGGAUGGAUCUCCGGGAUCUCCGGGUGGAUCUCCGGGAAAAGCAGAGCCCCGAGCGCGAUGCGAGCCGGGCCGAGGCCGAGCGGGGCCGGGAGGGAGCGCGGAGCGAGAAGGGGAGACCCCUCAGAGAGAAGAUCCCUCCGGCCGCUCCUGCCCUGGUGUUUUUUGGGUCUUUUCAGGCAAAACGUCGGAGCUGGGGCUCCUGGGGCAGCCCAACGCCAUCCGCACCAACUUCAGCACCAAGCAGCUGACGGAGCUGGAGAAGGAGUUCCACUUCAACAAGUACCUGACGCGGGCCCGCAGGGUGGAGAUCGCCGCCACCCUGGAGCUCAACGAGACGCAGGUGAAGAUCUGGUUCCAGAACCGGAGGAUGAAGCAGAAGAAGAGGGAGAAGGAAGGGCUGGCCCCGGCCGCUGCCCGCGGGGCGCCCAAGGAAGCGGCCGAGGGCUCGGAUCAAUCCUCACCCGAGGCCUCGCCCAGCUCCGGCUCCUCCUGAAAGCCCCCGAGAGCUGCCGGGGGUGUCCCCGAGGGGCUGCGAGCCCCCCGCGGGACCCUCCGGGCUGUCCCCACCCUUUAUUUAUGGCCCCUCCGCAGGGGCUGGACUCCCAAGGAGCGGCCGGAGCAAUUUCCGUGUCUCAGGGACUUCUCUGCCUUCCCCCUUCCCCUUAGGAACUGCACUUUCA